GUUUUCGUGCGGUUGAUUACAGAAAAAGAAAGGUUCUUUCUACAAUUGGUUCUUUAGACGCCAACGAGCCGAUCUGGUAAUACUGUGGGCAUCAAGAGAAGGUAGUGAGGCAUUGAAGAGGAAGAACUGCGCGAUGGCGUCCACCUUAGCGGUUCUUAUGCUCCUGUCUGCGGGUUUAUUCACGGAAACAGUCGGUUUUGGUGAUGACUGUAAGGGCUACUUCACCAGCAAUAACGUGUACAGGUCUUCGAUUACCUGCGGGUUUGGGCAGCACUGCUGUGGAACCUGCAAUGACAGAUACUGCUGUUACUUUGGAUCUGCGAAGUUAUCCGAGCAUGAGCAAAAUAUGUGCAAUAUCAGAAACAGUAGUAUUGCCAUUGGCUUAUCAGUAGUGGGGUUUGUGGUCUUCAUCAUCGUGUUCAUCACCUGCUGCUGCUGCCCCUGCUGCUGUAUCUAUAAAAUGUGCAAAAAACCCAGACCUGUGGUAGGAACGCAUAUAACUACAGUCAUGAACACACAAUGCAUUCAGCAGCAGCAGCCUGUAAUGCAGGGAGGCCAGUACCCACAAUACCAACCAGUGCCGACUCAAGCGGGUUACGGUGGUCAGCCUAUGCAGACAGGACCAUAUCAGGGACAGUCAUAUGCACCAGGACCCCCACCCUCGUAUCACGUGGCCAUGAGUCCUGGAUAUCCCACUAGUCAGGGUGCAUAUGACGGAGGCCAGGCCAUGUACCCCAUGCAGCCGCCUGCCCAGCCAGGUGUUGCUCCUAUGCUUUCAGAGACAUCGAAUCAGCCGGCCUACAACCCCGCCUACAUGCAGCCACCAAACACCGGUUACUAAACCGCAACCGUCUCUCAAAUCAGUCAUUGCUGGAUUGUGGAGGUUGACGCACUUUCGCAAGGCAGUAAGAAUGUGCCUAAUCUGAUGUGCAUUAUACAAGACUAUUGGAUGUGUUAAAGUCAGGGUUAUUACAGUUUUUAAU